UUAAAGUAAUUUGUAUUGUGUUGAUUUUCGGAGUUGAGAUUGAUCGAGGGAAUGAGGAUCGUUGGGCUCACUGGUGGAAUAGCGUCUGGGAAGAGCACCGUUUCGAAUCUGUUCAAGUCGCAUGGUGUUCCCGUUGUAGAUGCUGAUGUCGUUGCUCGUGAGGUGUUAAGGAAAGGGAGUGGUGGAUGGAAGAAAGUGGUUGCGGCUUUCGGGGACGAAAUUCUUCUCGAAAAUGGAGAAGUGAAUAGACCCAGGCUUGGCCAAAUUGUUUUCUCCGACCCGGAUAAGCGGUCAUUGCAAUGUUUUAGAUUAUUGGCUCCUUACAUUGCGCGUGGGAUAUUUUGGGAGGUUUUGAAGCUAUGGGCGAAGGGUUACAAGGUCAUUGUUCUUGAUGUGCCUUUGUUAUUUGAAGCCAAGAUGGACAAGUUCACGAAGCCCGUUAUUGUUGUUUGGGUUGAUCCCGAGACGCAGAUUCAACGGCUCUUGGCCAGAGACAAGUCAGCGGAGGAGGAGGAUGCUCGGAAUAGGAUCAAUGCUCAAAUGCCAUUGGAUGUGAAAAGGGGUAAAGCAGAUAUAGUUAUAGAUAACACUGGUUCGUUUGAUGACUUGAGUCAGCAUUUUCAGAAAGUUUAUGUUGAGGUCUCAAAGCCAUUGACAUGGGCUGAGUUUUGGCGCUCCAGACAAGGAGUGUUCACCAUUCUUGCUUCUGUCACCUCAGGUGUUGUUCUAUUUAUCAAGGCAUUCGACAACCAUACCAACACUUUAUAGCUACUUGUGUUCUACACGUUAUUUGUUAAUACAUUAUAUGUAUCCCUUUAAAACCCAAAACCUAUGAGUUCUUUUCUGUAAUGCUGCUGUUCAAAGAUGAAUAAUUUAAAUUUGAAUAUUCAGCUUAAAAUUUUAAAUAA